AUGUUCCGCCGGAUCGAGAACAGCAUAGAGCCAGACCCGUCUUUCCCUGCCAACCUCAAGGCAUUGGGUUUCUUCGUCAAUGACGUAGGUAACAUCCGCAUGAUCGAGGCGCCUGACAAGGAAUACAUCUUUCAUGCUACGAACAAUGAUCGAGUCAACGAGGUGCGGCGAGAAGCAAUGCAAGCUUGCUCGCGCGAAGAAGUAGGAUUGCGUCUCUCUGCGCUCGGUAUCCGCCACAUCUACCUCCCUAACUUCACCACUGUCAAGCCUGACGGACCACACAUUCCAAUUCUAGCCCCACCGCCUGAAGUUCUCAAGUCCCGCAAGCGCAUCAUCGUGCUGAUCAACGAUUCCACGCAAGACUUGGGUAUCUUAGCAUACCGGCAGCUACAGCGUGAGCUGGGCGUGAACGGCGGAUCUAUCGUCAACUUGGUCAAGGAGAUCAUCAAGCGUUCAGCCGACAACGACGAUACUGCCAAGUUCGAGCACAUCUCCACAGACGGCUACGAUACUGUGGAUGAUGGUGAUGUUCCUGGCUUGGUCGUCUUGAACACAGGCCAGUUACUCUACUCGCAUAAGUUCAACCAGGCUAUGACUUUGCGCAGCUGGUCAGCGCUCCCCCGGAAGUCUGUGGCGCACGAUGCGAUCCGGAUUCACGAUGAGGAGAAUCGCGUGAAAGGCCACACGAACCCGCAAGAGCACAUCAAGUCAGUGUUUGACGAGGUGCUCUGCAACCCAGAUCGUGUUGCACCUGACGCGGAGGUGUAUGUUCUUGCGAUUGAGGGCGGCACAGACGAUGUUUUGGAUAUCCUUGCAGAAAACUUCGAGAAGUAUGGUUCUCGCAUCACCGCAAUGGCGCUCAUCCACUCCCUCAUCGACGAGUCGCAGAUCACCAACCCGCAGCUCAAGGCUCUUCUGCACCAGCGUACUCGACAGUGGAAGUACAGCGACAUUACGUGUGAUCCGACGCAUUGCACCGAGCUACCAGCUGGUUAUGAUGAAAACAAGACGGAUAGCCCACCUCAUGAUGCUUCGCCGCCAGACGAACACGUUAGUUGGCACGAAAACGUCCCAGCAGGACCAAGGCCUAUAUCCGGCAUCACCAAAGCCCUACAUCGUCUAGCACUCACCGUGACACCGUCCAAGACGGACAAGCCUACCACCGCAACUCCUACCGACACGUACUCCGCCUGGCCGGACACUUCAUCAGUCGUCAGUCCCACCUUUGGCGGCGGCUCGAACUCGGUCGGAGAAUGCGUCCUGACCAACCCUGCCGUCCAACACGCCAUUCUCUCCUUCUUCGAGUCCGUCGCCCAAAACCCAGAGCACUACCGUAACCCGCUCUUCAGACUACACACUACCGCUCCGCAACCCACGCCCGACAACCCUCUCGUGCUCUCCGCCGACGAUGCCACGUCCAUGGACUUCCAUUCCCUCCCCGCAGCAACCACGCCCGAGCAGCAGGAGCUCGACACGGCGCGGGAGAUCCUCGCUGAGAUGCGCGACGCACUUGCUGCAUGUCCAAUGAAUGUAGCCGAACUUGCGCCCGGACGCGAGAAACUGGCCAAGAGGAUUCAGGACAAGGAGCGUGCGAUUGAGGUGCUCGAGACCACGGCGCUUGCGAGUGGGGGGCUCAGGGCCGGUGAGGCGCUGGAGAAGCGCCAGAAUUGGACGACGUUGACGGAGGGGCCCAAGGUGCCGUUUGCAGGGACUAUGGUUGAUAGCGAGUUGUUGAAGGCGGUGGGUUUGGGGGGUACGGUGGAGGAGGAGUUGGGAAAGUUGGAGAAGGAUUGAGGAGGAGGUGAGGUGGGAAUGGACGUGGAUGUUAUGGUGAAAUCAUGGCGUAAGUAGGGAGUACGCUGGUUGGGGAGGCUAUUAUCUUUCAUGAUGCUCUGGUAAUUCCAUUGGCAGAUGGUGACUGCGUCCUCUUCACUUCCUUGGCGGUGAAGACAACAUCUUCUAUCUCUUCAAUAGAAUGUACGCCCU